AUGGUUGAUAGGACUAACGAUCGAAAGAAGGAGCAACUCAAGUCUCGGACAUGCCUCGUUCCAACCGCACUUGCACCUGGUGGUGAAGAUGGACAUCCUAGCAACGAUGCGGCCCCUCCUUGGUUGUUCUGUACAUAUCUUCGGGACACCUUCCGAGAUGCUCUGUUCCGCGUCAGCUCGUGUCCAACAUGGGCCGGCCGCCGGGCCGCCAAUGCCGAUGCCGAUGCUAUAGAGGAUUUGACUUACUCAUUGCUGGCCGAUCGAUGGGCCUCGUCUCUGUUCAUGGCAAACAACAGGACCCGUGAGAUCCGCAUCCUGACCCCGUGGAGGGUGGAAAACUGGUGUAUCACCCUAGGCCGAAGUGGCAAAGCGAGGCUCAAAUGCUGCUGGGAAGAAGAUCCAGUCGUCUUCGUCGGAAAAUGGCUCUGGUUGGGUGACUUCGAUGUUGACCUUUCGCUCCGAGAUUGA